CUCACUCGCUGGGGUUGGCGGCUCGCUGCAUAGCACAGCUGGUGCGGUCGUUGAAUUACAGCCGGCUGAAGUUCAGGAGAUCAAGAACCUGAAAUUAUGGGAGGAAAGCCGAAGCUGUACUACUUUGAUGGCCGAGGCAAGAUGGAACCGAUAAGAUGGCUGUUAGCAGCGGCCGGUGUGGAGUUUGAUGAGGAAUUUCUGGAGACACGAGAACAAUAUGAGAAGCUUCUACAAGAUGGGGACCUCCUGUUUCAGCAAGUGCCUAUGGUGGAAAUUGAUGGGAUGAAGAUGGUGCAGUCUCGAGCCAUCCUCCGCUACAUUGCAGCCAAGUACAACCUCUAUGGAAAGGACCUGAAGGAGCAAGCCCUAAUUGACAUGUACGUGGAAGGAACAACUGAUCUGAUGGGUCUAAUUUUGAUGUACCCUUUUCUAUCGUCCGAGGAUAAGAAAAAACAACUUGCCACCUUUGUUGAGAAAGCAACUAAAAGAUAUUUUCCAGUGUAUGAAAAGGUGCUGAAAGAUCAUGGGCAAGAUUUUCUUGUUGGCAACCAGUUCAGCUGGGCAGACAUACACCUCCUUGAAGCUAUUCUAAUGGUAGAGGAAAAGGCCUGCGACACCCUCUCAGAGUUCCCCCAUUUGCAGGCUUUUAAAGCUAAGAUAAGUAACAUUCCGACCAUUAAGAAGUUUCUGGAGCCGGGAAGCCAGCGGAAGCCUGUGCCCGACGACAGAUACGUGGAGACAGUGAGAAGAGUUUUCCAGGCCUAUCAUGAUGUGAAAGCUACUUAGUUCCACACUACUAGUACCAGUGAUGAAUCAUGAUUGUUAUGAAAGGACCUCUUGUUUCCUCAAACGUGUGCUCUUACACUAGAGAUGAGUGAUUGUUAUUUGACACUUAGAUAGCUGAUGAGUGAGCGCCGAAGUAGGCCUAACACAUAGAUAGUAGGGGUCGCCUGUAGCAAAGGGAGGGCAGCAGAUAUAACAUGUAUUGGAUUAUAGGCGAGUCUUUUGACCUAGACUCCUAGGCGUAAUCCUCUUUAAAGACAGCUUUUGUGUAUUUUACUGCAUCAGGCGAAGCAACACUUUUCUUUAGAUAGGCUGAUAAAAUAAACUGUGUUAGUAGAGAAGCUCAGAUAACUCUUUUCUGCCCAGCAGUAUGUUCUGCCAACGGGAGUGAUUGGUUUUAAUACAGACCAGCCUUUGUUUCAAAACUGUCUUUUCUUCCUUGCUAAUACUUGUGAACACAGAAUGUGACAGAUUUACAGAACAUAUAGAAAGGAUGUGUUGACUGCAGAUGAAUUCCUAGAAAUGGAUAUUGCUUAGGAAUCAAGCACCCCAAUACCACAGCUGCUGCUUAAAAUAUCUACAUCCUCUUCUCUUAUAAAGCUUAAUCUGGUUUGUGAUAUUGAAGAGUGCAGUCCUUUUUCAUGCACUGCAGCCACAGCCUAGAAUACUAUCUCUUUGUAA